AUUCCCGAAAAUGGUCCCGUCGUCCGCUUCCUACGAUGAUCGCUCUUUUGUUAGUGGAGCCCGAACAACUCAAACCUCUGACUCAUAUUGUAUGGAAGUUGGAGCACCAUAUGAAAGUGUAUUGGAGACAAGUGGAGUGGAUCCAUCAAUGGAUUAUACACAACGUAUCGAGAAUACUACUGAACAAGAAGAAUUCGAUUCGACAAAAGUCACGACAAAAUCCAAAUUUUCUGCAAAAAGCGUUAGUCCGCUCAAAAUUUCUUACGAGAAGCCCCGUCUCUGCACAAUCCACAUGAAAACAGUAACCCACAUCAUUGCCGCAUGCCUCCUCCCAUUCAUCCUCGUGGACUCCAUUUUUCUCCUCCAAUCCAUGUCAUUUGAAUUUCUGAAUAUUGAGCAAUUGGGAAAUCUUUCUGGACCCUGUAACCUGCUUGCAUUAUUCUUUGGAGUUUGCCAAAUGAUUCUGUGGUUUUUCAAACGGAAUUCAACACUGCCAACGACUCUUCUAACGUGUUGGCUUACGCUAAUAACCACAUGCCUUCUCUCAAUCUCCGGCCUUCUUCUCUGGACAGCUCAACCUUAUCAUUUGCCACGUCAGCAGAUCAUAGUCCCAUUUCAAUACUUUUGCAUAUUCGGGUCUCUAAUGAAUUUACUUGUGGCAACAAUUGCCGUUUAUUUCGAAUGGCAAGCGUCUAAAUACGCUAUCACCUACUAAAUGGGAUUGAGAAGAAGAAUGAAAAGUCAGAAUCGAACUGUUAACUAAAUUAUUUAUUACAUUAUUUUUUGAAUCGAAAAUAUAUUUUUUUCAAAAUGAACAUAAUAUUAAUGUUGC